CUGUGUUGGCGGCGGGUCUGGCAACACUGCGAGGCCAGGAGGGAGGGACACACGUGGCGAGGCUGUGCAGCUUUUUAUCAUCAGGAAAGAAAGACCCAAUACAGACACUCCUGACCCCUACAGUGACCUCAGCGGCGCACAGACACAAUGGUUCUCAAAAAGAAGAGGUCGAAGCGGAUCCCCCUGAAGCUCAAAUACAAGAUCCAGAAGAAAGUCAAGGACCACCACAAGAAGCUAAAAAAGGAGAAGAAGAAACACCCAGAAAAGUUUAGGAAGCGCACCAAAGAUCCUGGGGUGCCCAAGACCUUGCCCUUCUACGACAAGGUGAUCCAGGAGGCAGAGGCGGCGAAGGAGGCGAGGGAGCGUCGGCGUGAAGAAGCCAAACAGCGCCGGCGGGAAAUGAAAGACCAGAUUUUGGCCAAGAAGAGAGACAUCGGGGACAUCAAUGAGCUGAUAAGCACUGCCGAGGCUCGUGGGGCCAAAUUUGAGGCCCAACAAAGCUCAGCCGGAGGGGAGGCACCGCUGAGUGACAGGUCUGCCAAGGCAUACUACAAGGAGUUCAAGAAGGUGGUGGAGGCAGCAGAUGUCAUCCUGGAGGUGCUGGAUGCCAGAGAUCCUGCUGGGUCCAGAGUGCCUCAGCUGGAGUCCGCCAUCAACAGUCACCCGGGGAAGAAGCUGGUGCUGGUGCUGAACAAGGCUGACCUGGUGCCCCGGGCCAACCUGGAGGGCUGGCUUAAGCACCUUCGCCACGAGCACCCGGCCAUUGCCUUCAAGUCCAGCACACAGAACCAGACCUCACAUCUCGCCCAGACAACCACAAAAAUCUUCAAGUCGUCACAGGAUUUACUUGAGUCAUCGCGGUGCCUGGGAGCGGACGUGUUGCUGCAGCUACUAAAGAACUACUGUCGCAACAAGGACAUCAAGACGGCUAUCUCUGUGGGGGUCGUGGGUCUGCCUAACGUGGGCAAGAGCAGCCUCAUCAACAGUCUCAAGCGCAGCAAGUCCUGUGGGGUCGGAGCCACGCCGGGGUUCACCAAAUCUAUGCAGGAGGUUCAGCUGGACUCCAAGAUCAAGUUGCUGGACUGUCCCGGUAUUGUGCUUCCCGGAGGAGACACUUCAGACGCUGCGGCUGCUCUCCGGAACGCUGUCAAAAUUGAGAACCUGGACGACCCCAUCACGCCCGUUGAUGCCAUCCUGCAGCGGGCGGACAAGAAGCAGCUCAUGAUCUACUACCAGCUGCCAGAAUUCAAGACGACAGAGCAGUUCCUGGCAGUGUUGGCCAAGCGCCUCGGGAAACUGAAGAAGAAAGGCGUUCCAAACAGAGAUAUGGCCGCCCGCAAAGUUCUAUAUGACUGGAACACAGGUGUCAUUAAAUAUUACACACAACCUCCAACGGCCACCAAGACCAAGGUUGAGUCCGCACUGGUGUCAGAGCUGGGGCAGGAGUUCGACAUCGACAGCGUGGCGUCCCAGGAGGGCUCCAUGAUGAAGGCCCUCCCCACCUACAGACCCUCACAGACCAUGGUGGUGGAGACGCUGGGCCCUGUGGCAGAGGUCAGGGAGAACAUGGAGCAGGAAGAUGAUGAUGACACCGACGACAACUCUGAGGAAAUGGAGGAUGACAGUGAGGAGGAGGAGAGUGGAGAGCAGCUGCUCUCCAAAGAAGUCUGCGUCAGCAUGGGCAAGGAGGGCACCAGCAUGGAGGAGGGCAACACAGCAGAGAAGAAGGAACGCUGGGAGACAGAGCUGCAGGAGUUUGACCCGAGCACAAUGUCCAUCGCCAAGUUCCAGAAGAAGAUGCAGAAGAAGGCGCGGAAGGAGAACAGCCGCAACAAGAAGCGCACGGAUGAUCUCACGUCUGCGUUUGAGAACUUCACUGGCUUAAAGGAGUCGACGGAAGAUUAUGAUUUCAAUGAUUAUUUUGGAAAGUGAUGUAUGUAGAUUGUAAGAAAAUAUAUGUUGAGAAAGUCUU